AUGAAGGAUCCGUUUCCCACCUUCGUUAGGGCGCGGAGCAUGCUCCUCCGGGAGGAGAUGCAGCAGGCCAACGCCGCCUCCAACGCGGUGUCGACCGCCCUCGUCGCCCAGGAUCCCAACUGGCGGUCGGCCAUGGCUGAUGAGCAUCAGGCUCUCCUCGACAACAACACAUGGUCUCUUCGUCCUGGAAUUGACUACGAUGAGACGUUCAGUCCUGUUGUCAAGUCUGCUACCAUCCAGUUGGUUCUCACCAUCGAUAUCUCCAGCUCAUGGCCUAUACGUCAGCUUGAUGUCAAGAAUGCUUUCCUCAACGGCAAUCUUGAUGAAGUGGUUUAUUGCCAACAGCCUCCUGGUUUUGUUGAUGAAGCCCGUCCUGAUCACAUCUUGGACCACUUCACUUCUUUCUGGGCAUUGCUGACAAGGAACGUCGAUGUACUCUUCCUCUCUCAGCGGCAGUAUGCGAUGGAUCUUCUGCAGCGAGCUGGCAUGUCUGAUUGCCAUCCUGUGGCGACCCCUGUUGACACUCAAGCUAAGCUCUCUAGUUCUGAUGGUGACCUUCUUGCUGAUGCUACCGAGUAUAGGAGUCUCGCCGGUGCUCUUCAGUAUCUCACACUGACGCGUCCUGGCAUCUCCUACGCAGUGCAACAAAUCUGUUUGCACAUGCAUGCACCUUGUUCCCCUCACCUCGCUCUGGUAAAACGAGUGCUUCGCUACGUGCGCGACAUACUGGAGUUUGGUCUUCAUCUCCGUGCCUCCUCCUCGACAACACUCACAGCUUACUCUGAUGCUGACUGGGCGGGAUGUCCCGACUCUCGCCGAUCGACUUCUGCCUACUGCGUCUACUAUGGUGACAUUCUUAUUUCCUGGUCUUCUAGGCGACAGACGACUGUCUCACGGUCCAAUGCAGAUGCCAAAUAUCGAGCUGUGGCUCAUGCUGUUGCCGAGUGCUGUUGGAUACGGCAGGUUCUUCAGGAGCUUCAUCGACCUCUUUGUUCUGCUACUCUGGUUUAUUGUGACAAUGUUUCUGCCAUAUACAUGUCCUCUAAUCCAGUCCAGUAUCGCCGUACCAAGCAUAUCGAGAUUGACAUCCACUUCGUACGCGAGAAGGUGUCUCUUGGCGAGGUUCGGGUGUUACAUGUUCCGUCUUCACUUCUGUUCGCCGAUGUGAUGACUAAGGGGCUGUCGACUCAGCUCUUCCUCGACUUUCGCCAGCAAUCCCAGCAUCCGUCGCCGUGGGGGAGUAGAGCAAAGCGGAACAGAAGAAUGGAUAGCUUCGUCACAGAGGCAGAGAAGGACAGGCUGCUGCUUCCUCUUCUUCCUCUCCAUGGCAUACCAUCGUCGCCGGAUCCGUGUACCGGCGAUGGAUCUGUUGAUUUCAAAGGAGCACCAGCCUCCAGGGAGCAUUCGGGGAAAUGGAGAGCCUGCUGCUCCAUUCUUGGUGGUGAAUUCUGCGGCGCUCUCGCGUACUACGCGGUUGGGACGAACCUUGUGAGCUAUCUGACCAAGGUGCAGCACCAGAGCAAUGUCGAGGCAGCGAGUCGCAACAUUUCCUGGCAGGGUACCUGCUACCUUGCUUCUCCACUCGGAGCAUUCUUGGCAGAUUCAUACUGGGGAAGACACCGAACAAUCGUAGUCUCCCUCUCCAUCUUCACCUUGGGAAUGGCUUUCCUGACACUAUCAGCUGAGGCUCCAGAGGGUAUCAGUUCAGUGGCGAUCUCUCCUCAGGAUGCAUUGUCCUCGGUAGGACUUUACAUGGCUGCUCUGGGUUUGGGUGGUAUCUGGCCUUGUGUUCCCACAUUCGGAGCCGACCAAUUCGACGACACCGACGCUGCGGAGAAGGCCCAGAAGGAGCUCUACUACAACUGGUACUACUUCGCAGUCAAUGGUGGCUUCUUCUUCGCUAGCACGAUCAUGGUGUGGAUCCAGGACAACUGCGGCUGGGCACUCGGUUUUGGGAUCCCUACAAUUUUCUUGGCAGUCGGCAUUGCUGGAUUUCUCUCUUGCACAAGAGUUUACAGGUACCAGAAGCCCGGAGGAAGCGCGCUUACGAGGACCUGCCAGGUAGCGGUUGCGGCGAUUCGAAAGCUUCAUGUGGAUGUGCCGGUUGACAGCCAUCUUCUGUAUGAGACUCCAGGGAAGGAGUCGGCCAUUGCAGGCAGCCGGAAGCUGAUGCACACUACAGGACUAACAUUUCUUGAUCGAGCUGCCACAGUCACUACCUGUGAUAAAACAUCUGGCGACCUACUGAACCACUGGAGGCUUUGCACCGUGACACAAGUGGAGGAGCUGAAGAUCCUAGUGAGAAUGCUGCCGGUCCUGGCAACAGCCAUAAUCUUCAACACCGCAGAAGCUUCGUUCCCGCUGUUCGUGGAACAAGGAUCGGUCAUGGACAAUCGCAUCAGCGGUUUCUCAGUACCUCCUGCCUCCCUGAUGACGUUCAACUGCGUCUGCAUCCUCAUGCUGGCGCCGGCAUACAACAAGUUCUUGAUGCCUAUGGCAAGCAGGAUCACCGGCAUGAAGCGUGGACUCUCUGAGUUGCACCGCAUCGGUGUCGGUAUGUUCUUCGCGAUGAUUUCGUUGGUCCUAGCUGCCUCGGUCGAGAUGGUACGCCUCAAUGUGGCGAGGAGCAUAGGACUAUCGCAUCGGAACGUGGUGGUUCCGAUGAGUAUCCUCUGGCAGGUACCGCAGUACUUCUUCGUCGGUGUGGCGAAGGUGUUCAGCGUGGUCGGUUUCAUACAAUUCGCAUACGAGCAGUCCCCUGACGCCAUGAGAAGCAUGUGCCAGGCUUGCAGUCUCAUCAUGGUCACUCUCGGUAGCUACCUUGUCUCGAUCAUGUUGAAGAUUAUCGGCUCGGCGACAAGUAUAGGAGGGAAACAUGGCUGGAUACCGGAGAACCUCAACGAAGGGCAUCUAGAUCGGUUCUUCUGGUUCAUGGCCGGGCUGCAGUUCCUGAACUUGCUUGUAUUCGUCUAUUGCAGCGCAAGGUACAGGCGCAAACUACCUAACUGAGUUUGAUCCUGAACGUAUACUAGUUAUUGUGUAACCUUCGUUGCUUGAAAUUUGAACUUAGGUAUGGAACUAGUAGGAUUUCAGACAAUAUAAAGG